AUGAAAUGUAGUUUAGAAUCAGCUAGCCUCUGGAGAAAAUUCCAUCAAAUCGGCACAGAAAUGAUAAUUAUGAAAACUGGGAGAAGAAUGUUUCCGACUAUAAAAGUCAGAUUUAGCGCUUCUAAUAUAGAUCCUAAUGCAAAAUUUAUCGUUGGCUUGGAGAUGAAACGAGUUGAUAACAUAAGAUACAGAUAUUCUUACAAUAUAGCUGGUUGGUUAAUAUCUGGCAAAAGGAUCAACAAACCUACUCCGGCAAAUAAGGAGGUUGUACUUAUUUACUCUGGUCCACCUCUAACCGGUAAACAAUUAGUCAAACAACGAUUCUCAUUCGAAAAAGUUAAACUGACUAACAACGAAAUCGCUUCGGAAGGACAGUUUAUAUUGAAUUCGAUGCAUAAAUAUCAGCCCAUUAUACAUUUGAUGUUGUGUCAAGAGGAUAAUUCCCCUUCCAGAUGUAAUAGUAAAUCCUAUAUUUUUAAAGAAACUCAAUUUAUGGCGGUCACGGCAUAUCAAAACCAGAUGAUAAAAAAAUUAAAAAUUGACAGUAACCCUUUCGCCAAAGGAUUUCGCCAAUGUAUAAAAUUUCAAGAAGUAGAAAAGUUAUAA